AUGUCUGAGGCCUCCGAGACCGUGAAGAGAAUUCAGGCUAGCCUUGAGCCUUAUGUCAGGCCCCGGGAGCAAGCCAACUACAUCAGGCGCAUAAUCGCCCUACACCUAAAAUCGAGUGCAGACGUCCCUCUGAGCCGACCCCUAGCCUUGGCGGGUGCGUCAGACAACGAUGUCCCAGCGUCCUCGGAAAGGGGAAUACAUGGCGAAUAUCUAGAUGCACUGCGGAAAAAUGUAGCAGCGCGGCGGCAGUUUGACAAGGUCAUGCAGGAGCGGCCUGAGACUCCCAACUAUCAGCAUGAGCCCGAGCCUGAGGAGACGACGUCGUUGCUGGACGAGCAGCUCGCCAUAUUGAAACUGCAGAAGAAGCGUCAGAAACUCUCUGCCGUCCGCAAAUAUCUUGACCAGCUUGUGGACCAACCAGCAGCCUCACCGGACUACCUGAAUGCGAGCAGCAUGUUCAUCGACACAAUGACACGACCCGCCGUACCCCCAGAGAUCAUGGAGAGCCUUGGCGCCGAGAAUUCAGCGACGAGCGGGCCCGACCUCAGGGUGCAGGCUAAACAGCUGGAGAGGAUCGUCCUACGGGCUAAGCUGCUCCUCAACCAGGAGGAGAAGCUUCUCUGCGAGGCCAAGGCUCGGUCCAGGGGCCGGCCAGGCAUUGUCAGCAACAGAGCAAAGCUGCAGGCCCUCCAGGCCACACGGAACGAGCUCAUCGGUUGGAUCGAGAAGGAGCUGAGCGAGGCGCCCCCUGAAGACACAUCAAGCGGCCAUGGGUCACCUUCUAGGAGGAAGGGCGACCCGGCAGCUGACCAGGUGACGGUGACGCAGGGGCUGGCAGUCAUCAAGGACAAGUACUCGCGGUACCUGAAGUUAAGGGAGGAGCUCGUCUCGUUGACAUCGGCGCGGCCCGAGACGUUGCAGAAGCCCAGUCUCAAGCCCGGCGUGCCCCAACCGACGACAGCAUCCGACACAAUGCCCGCGCCCAUCAAUCACCUGCUCAUCCCUUACAUCGAGAAGCUCCUCACCAUCUCAACCAACCAAAAGGCCCUGAUUGGGCAGAAGUCGUACAUAAAGGCCACGCUGGACAGGCAGACGAGGGAGGCCUGCGCGAGGCUCGGUCAUCUGGCAGAGGAGAGUCAGCUGCUGCCGGCGUAUCCCAUGAAGGAGUCGCUUAGAAGGCGGUCGGGCAUCGCGGAGGAGCUUUUGAUCACCAAGAGUGGCACUCCGGAUCUAUCGAAACGUAUCAAGCCUUGGGUGUUUGCCUCCGACUCUGCCAAGAUUGCAGGUCUCGAGUCUGUCACGGAGACCAUCGAGGGCGGUCAGCUAGCCCUGGAGGCUUCCCUGGAGGUGCUCCGGGAGCUCGAGGCUCUUACCGGCUUGAGCAAGGCCAAGCAGGAGGAUGAGAUUGGGGACGAGACAGCCGGGGAUGACGAUGUAUGGCUAGCCACUGGUGAAGAGAAGGACGUAGCUGUCAGGAAACAUACGGAGAAACCAAGGAUUCCGGAGCGCAAGCCCGGUGAUGCGUGGUCCAUCUUGCACGGGAACCUUGGCCUCCUAGGCCAGGAAGAUGUGGCGUGA